AUAUAUAUUAUUCAAACUAAUAUUUUUAUAUAUUGUACAGAAGACUUAAGAUAGACAGAAAAAAAUAUAUAUACUCUCACAGACAUGUUCGCAUCUCAUAGAUGGAAGAAGAUAAAAAAGAAAAAUGUUAUCGUCCAACAUCAUGGGCACAAACUUUAUUCACGGUUAUGCCAAAGAAGGAAAUUGUCGAGGAUGUUAUACUUAAGCACAAAAAUGUUGAACUUCGAGAAAUCAAAAGCACAAGCAAGAUUUCAGCAAAUGUCAAAGAUUUUUUCGAGGAGGGUUUUAGCGAAGACGAUUUUAUUACCCAUGAACCUCUUCUUAAGUAUUUGAUGAAUUCUAGAGAAUUAGAAGAGAUAGCCACCAAAGAUGCGGAAAAUCAAACGUUUCUGCAAGGUGUCCCCAUAGUUGGUAUACCGAUCAAAUAUAAACAUGAAGCAUCACAAACGAUGUACAUGAGUAGUCCUUGUCCGCCUGCAAAAUAUUCUGAACAUAUUAUAACUACCAUGAAUGCCGGUCCAAUGCCUGUAUUCAAGAUCAAUCACUCAAGUCAGACUUUGAUUACGAUUGAUCCUGAAACAUCACUGGAUGAAGCAGUAGAUGAUUUAUUACGCCGUUCACACGAAAAUCGAGAAGAUUUUACGGAAGAUAUUGUAGAUGAAGAAACAAUAAUCCUCGAAAUUCUAAAUUUCUUACUGUCACGUGCAUUUUGGAUAUCUGAUUCUGUCCAAGAUGGGAUCUUCGUCGAAGAGAAGUGUCAAGAUACACAAACCGUAAUACGAUAUAAUCGUAAUACCGAUAGUAUCGUAUUAGACGUUGAAACUCAAACUAUAACUGACUUGCAAGUCGAGAAUGAAACUCAAACUAUAACUGACUUGCAAGUCGAGAAUGAAACUCAAACUAAACUGACUUGCCAGCCGAAACAUUCAAACAGCAAACUAUUGGCCGAAUAUGAAGAAAUAAAAAGCUUUAUGCAGAGUUGUCUUGAGGAAUGUCUUAGAGGAAUUGAGCCUCGAAUUAUAAUUGACGAUCUAAUGGACGAAAUAAUCAUAAAAGGAGCGAAUAGACUCAAGUACCCAAUGAAAGAUCGAUUGAUCCAAACUGUGGCUAGUUAUAAGUCUCCUGAUAUGAAGGAAGAAGACGUGCUACGAAAAUUAAAGAUACCCGUGGUGGUCGAUCCGUUCGAAGCGUCGAUCGUGGUUCUGCCACUGAUAGAGGACCUACUGCUUUCUACUUGCAACAAGAUAUCUCGUCGUGCACAAAUCGUUGCCAAGAAUAUUCUAAAUUCAUUGAUACAACAGACAGUCUUGAAUGGAUCUAAAUUAGCAGAAGUUCGAAAACAAUUAAAACCUUCUCUUCAACAAAUACUCGACGAAAGAAGAAGAAAGAUCGUCGAGUCUAUGCUAAAGAAAGAAACGGAGACUGCUGCUACUCAGACGGGACUCGCUGGAGUUCCCGCAGUUGCAAAAAUCAAGGAAUCUAAAGACAUUCUGUGCUCAGUUUGUGCCAGGCAAUCGAUAUGCCAAUGGUGCGUAGCGGCUCAAGAGGAAAAUGAUCAAAAUUUGCCGCUCCAAAAUAAGAAAUUACUGCGUACGCAGGAUAUACUGCUGGCAUAUAAUCCGUGCUACGUCGUCGCGACAGCUUCGGAAAAAGCGAAGAAUCCACAUUUGCAAUCGAUCGAUUUCAUGAAAAAAAAGGUUGAAAAACUGACCUCUGCUCAGUUAUCCAUACCGUGUAAUUGUAAUGUAACACCUGAAGAAACAGGCGAUGUUGUUGAUAAGAAGUGUAUCAAUAUUCUCAUGACUUCGAAGAAAGACAUCCAGAAUCGAGAUUCUAUCAGUGGAUGGGCCCGUAUCAUCGAUAGUACACUAGCAAAGUCUUGGUCACUCAAAGUAGAUUCUACUAGUAAUACAAUUAGUGUUUGCACCACAAGAUCGAAAUCGGUUCCGAUGUCCUACUGUAAGAAAACAUCACAAUCUGAAAGCGUUCCAAAUUUGCAAGCAACAAAAGCAUUGCAAAUAUUGAAGAGCACGUUUUGCACUCGAGACACCUGCCCCGCUUUUCUAGCUACACGGGAACGUGAUUUGCCCGAUGAUGACGUAAAUGAAGAACAUGUAUCUUGCAAUGUAGAUUGCACGUUAUUGAACCUAGAUCAACAUUGUAAACGGUCUAUUAAUAGUAAUCAAAUUUGCGCUAGGCCACGAGUAGAUAAAGUUAAAGUUUCUACCCGACCCUUAUCAGAAUUUCGAGGAUGGACAUAAUAGUGAAAAUCAAUUGAUUAAAUUUUUUGUGUUAAAACGUCACAUGUACAUAUCAAGCGCUUUCUUGUUAGUUUUAAAAUAACAAAAAAAAGUUUUAGUAUCUAAAAAUCAUAUAUAAUUAUUUUUAAAUAUGCAGAUGAUAUAUAAGUAUAUAUGUACGUGCAAUUACAUU